CCGCCCUUGAAAGGCAAAUGGAUAUUUGCAGCUGCUUUAAAAAAAAUUCAUUCAUUCAUUCAUUCUAAUAGGCUUAUUUGUAAUUCUCCUGUAGUUAAUGAAUGAAGACUGGAAUUAUGUGGGAGAACAAGAACACGUACAAGCGGGUCGAUUUUUUACACUGUAAAUGAGUCGAGCAGCGUAGCUUUAUCUGCAUCGAGAGAGCUAAGAGAAAUCACUGCCUGUAGUUGUCUUGUGUUCAGUCUGUAAACAGUUGUGUUUGGGAUGCUGUAAUGUAGCAUUUAUGGAACUUAGUUUAAGCAAUAAGCUGAGAUUAGAUGGAAUUUCAUAUAGAAAUCAUAAAGGAAUUCUGUGAAUGAAAGAAUGAUAGUCAGGAUUUAAUCAACUUUCUGAAGAUUGUGAUUCUAUAAUGGAUUGCGCUGAAAGGAGAAUAAAUUAACUUAUUUUGAAAAAUAUUUCAAGUGGUGAUCGAAUGAAUGCUGCGAUUUGUUAUAAGAACAAUCGCUGUUAAUGGAUUACUUAUUUAUAUACAUUAGUCAUUGAUAUAUUGACACAACAAUUGAUGUUCUUAAGAAAUUCUAACACAUGAACGACAAUUUACUAAUGCCAUGGAGAACAGAAAUUCUUUAUUUUUAUGUUGACAUAAGUUCGUGUUUGAAGAAGAACCAAAACAACAAACAUGGCUUCCAUUGACGUGGAACAGUCAGUGACAGACGUUUCAGAUGGGGACCUGACUAUACGCCGGCCAGUAACCAGUAAAAUCAUUCUACCAACUUGUGAGUGUACAGAUGUCCAUAAAAAAUCUAUAUUAGGCGUAUUACUCGCCAUCGCGAUUGCUAUGGCUUGGUCAGCUUUCACACAUAUUACCCAGAAUGCCUACGUAGAUGAGUUCCGGGCGCCGUUUUUCUUAACCUACUUGUGUACAAUAUGGCUGAUACCUUUUUAUCCAGUAUAUUUUAUCAUCAAUCAUAUAAAGGGCGGUCAAAAUCCAAGAUUGGUUUUCAGGGAAAGUAUUUUGAUAUACGCCGACAAUGACAAUAUUAAAAAGGUGAAGUUUAUGGGCAAAACCUUUAUGUUUUGUUUUGUGUGGACGUUAGCGACAUUUACCUAUAUAAAAGCCAGUAGUCUAUUGGGUGCAGCGGACAUAACAGCUCUACAAGCAACCAAUCACAGUUUUGUUUACAUGUUAUCAUGGAUUGUAUUAUUUGAAAAAUUUGUAGCAAUAAGAAUUUUAGCGCUAGUAUUCAGUAUAACUGGUAUAGUAUUAUUCGCUUACGUGGAUGGUUUUGGAAGCGAGGCCAUGUGGGGUGUAGUUGUGGCAGUGGCGUCAUCUGCUGGCGCUGCAGUUUAUAGACUUUUAAUGAAGAAAUUCGUUGGUUGUACAACAGUAGGUCAAACAUCUUUAUUUUUAUCUUUAAUAGGCUUUCUACACACGGCGUGUUUAUGGCCAAUAAUAUUACUUUUAUAUUUUACUAACGUGGAGGUGAUAAUAUGGAGUUCUCUCCCCUGGCAGUGGAUCAGUCCAUCGAUUCUACUUUUUACAGUACACCAAAUACUAGUGAACUUUGUGGUGAAAAUUACCUAUCCAGUGUUUACGGGAUUGGGUUUAGCUUUUGGUAUUCCAUUCUGUGCUAUUGCCGACACAAUAUGGCGCUACAAAGAAUUUACUGGAAUGAAAAUAGCAGCGCUAGUUUUAAUCACCCUCGGCUUGCUUCUAAUUCUACUUCCGGAUAACUGGGAAGAGGUUGUGUUACGACCCUUCAAGUGUAAAAAUCGGCGGGAAACUGCAGAACCCGUCAGUUCCAACAUACGAAGUCGUAUGCACAGAACAACUAAUAUGUGAUAUAUAAAUUCUCAUCAAAGAUAAUUUGCCUGUAAAUAAUUCAGACAAAUGUUUAUUUUUUACAACAAACGAUUUGAUUGGAGACAAUAUAAGGAAAUAUAUUCUUAUUGACAAUAAACAAGUGAUUUGUUUGGUUGACAUUAUAAAUAAUCUAUGGACGCAUUAUAUAAUACAAUUGAUUCGAGUGGCGGACUUUAUAAACAGUUAAUGGAUAUAUUUUUAAAGAAGCACAACUGACAUUAUAAAAUGACAGUGGAGGAUUUCAUUAGUGAGAAUAUUACAAGUGAUUUGAUUGGUUGGCAUCAUAAAAACUCAAAGGAGGAAAUAUAUUUACAUCCAUCAAUGAGCGGAACUUAUCUAAUGGUGGCUUUAAAGUGAUCAAAGUCUUAACUUAAGGUUGAAUGACAAAUUAAAGUUUGGAUUUG